UCGUUGUUUGGUUUCAGGAAGUGUGGGGUGUAAAAAAUUCCGAAGAAAGGACGAGUCUUUGCUUGAAUUGUGAGAGAUUAACGUGGGAGUAGUCGACCCCACGUCCCGUAUUCAGCGAACGAUGCGAUUUGAGCUGUAAGAGUUGGUGGGAGCAAGCUAGAAUUUGGGUUUUGCUGAAAAUGUUGUUCUUGUUGGAGUUGAUUUUGGGCAAGGGCUUUUCUUGAUUUUGGACUCUCUCCCUCUCUCUCGCGGUCGCGCGUGGACAAUCUUAUGAGUAAAAAUACUUGUGUUGAUCCAUUCUUUUCCCUUUUGGAAAUUGUGACUGGACUUUGAUUAUAUGUCCUUCCGCAAGCUGAACUGUGGACCCAAUUUUGCCAUGCGUAGUAGAUUCCUAGAUUACGUUGGCGUAGGUAGAUGAUUAACAAGGGAAAAUUGGUAAGAAACGACUUCAUGCGCGGAAAGCAAUCUUUUUAAUUGAUUGAUGAAGGCAUGAGUUAAAGACAUCCUUGUUGUCCCAACUGCUCAGCCGUGCUUCCAUGGAUGGCAAAAGCUCAGCUGAGUUGAGCCUUCCCUGGUUCUGGAUUAUUGAGUAUUUGGCAAAAUUCGAGCAACUUAAGCCAUCCCUUUUACAUGGUAUCAUUAAAGCGGCUCCAGAAAUAACUGCUCACUUAAGAGAGAAUAUGGAGGAAGUUGUUUCUUUGAGAUUCCUGGAGGAGCUAUGUGGCCCUACAAAUGGAAACAUGAAUGGUACUUUGUCCUCAUUGGAAUCAAAGCCGAAAAUUGAUACUUCAAAGAGCUGCAAAAAUGUCCUACAGUAUUUGUUCCAUAAUGGCUCUGCAUCUGAUCUUGGAGUGACUGCAAAUGAGUUGUUGAAAUGCGACCUUCGCUCAUUUUUAAUCCACAAGAGAGCCUAUGUACCAAAAACUGCUCUAGAGGAGCUAAAAGAUUCGGUACUUGGAGGUACUCAUCCGCAUGCUGAUUUUUUAAAGAAAUUGGGUAGAUUGGCACCUGUUAGUCAUUUAGAUAGGACUGUAAUUCACAAUGGUGGACAUACUGGACUUACACGUGUGCCUGAUGCGGGAGACGCAUGUGCUCCUAAUACAGUUGAUGAAACAAACUUGGUUUCUCGACCCACUAAUCACAUGGAGCUUUUGGAAGAAGAUAAUGAUGUUAGGAUAUGUCUUCCCACAAAGAGGAACCAUCCUGAUGUUCAUGCUGAAAAUAUUGAAAAGAAUUGUAAUGAGAAUCAACAUCAUGAUGCUCAUUCAGAUGCUAAAAGGGCUAAACAGCGAGAUACUGAUGAAAUAAAGGACAGAGAAGAAUCACCAGUUGUUCUAACUGGAAGAUUAGGUUUCCAGAGGAUUGAUGGAUGUUCUGAAAGAGAGAUGGCUAACCUGGUCAAGGAUCAUGUGGGGGCUGUGGAUGAAGACCAGUUGUUAGUGGGAGAUGGGAGGCAUUAUGUUCAGCCGAGGACUUGUGAUGUGAUUUCCGAUGGAAUAGAGCGGGGGUUUUCUGUUGAUGAUUCGACACGCAUCCAUGACUCCAUAGAGAAAACAAAUAACAGCGAAUCAGCUCGGGCAUCGCAGUGGGGGCAGACUUUUACCAGUAAUGUGGAAGAUUACAUGGUCCAUGUUGCUGGGGAGGAAACAUCUAGUGAUAGUGAUGAAUAUAGAAAGGAGGAGAUGGAUGUUACGAUGAAAAAGCAUGAAUUUUUAUACUCUCAGUCUCAGUGCCCGUCACCUCGCUAUGCGUUUGCAACAGUUGAUUGUAGGGAGCAAAAUGUUUGUAUGAAGUGUAAUGAAGGUGGUCAAUUGUUAGUUUGUAACACCAGCAGUUGCCCUUUGAUGGUUCAUGAGAAUUGUGUGGGCUUAUCAGCUAUGUUUGACGACAACGGUAUGUAUUACUGUCCAUUUUGUGCAUAUUCUAUUGCCAUUUCUGAAUAUCAUGAUGCCAAGAAAGAGGCCUCUUCAACAAGAAAAGCCUUAUCUACUUUUAUUCGUGCUGGACUCAAGCACCAGCAAGAGAAUUUGGAUCGGAUGGAACAGAGUCUGUCAGGAAAUGGAACUAGUGAGAUUGAUAGAGUAAAUGGACAUAAUGAAAUGGACGUGAAUGGCCAUCAGUUUCGAGGGAACGAAAGUGAUGGAGUACAAGAUUAUCCUUCUCAACGAUGUAAUGGUGGCAACGCCGAUUUACCAAGUGGGGAAGAGGAAGAAAUGGUCCAUGGCAGAGCUUCUACUGAUGCUGCGGAAUUCUUGGAAGGGAAAUGGAACAGGGAAAACAAAUCCAACAUGGUUGAGAGGACUCCUACUCUGGAAAAACAGAUAGAUGAGAACAUGGUGCAAGCAUGGCCAUCGGGGCAAGUUCUCGAAAGAGAACAGGACCAAUUAUUGGAAAACAACCUGUUCGUUAAUGGGACUGUUGCUUAUAAUAACACUCAUAUUGUCCCUGUGAAUCAGAGAGAUGAAGUCAGAGAUGAGCAAGAUGUUCUCAGUAAGGAUGCCACUGAUACACCAGAUGGCGGUGCUUGUGCUAAUAUUACUGCAAAGGAAUCUUCCGAAGAUGAUGAUAAUGAAACAUCCAAUUACAGAAUCAGUUUCCGAGGGCGAAGAAGUCAGGAGGAAGCCUCUGCAAAUGCUCUGUUUAUGCAAGAUGAAGCUCCCUUGAUGGGGGAGGAGGAACAUUCUCCAGAGCCUACUUCACAGCCAGAACCAAAUUCAGAGUCUCCGCCUUCUGGACAGCUCGGACCUUCUUCGCUGUCGUUACCGUCUAAACACAUCUCAAGAUUCCCAUCGAGGGGAAGGAGGUGUUUGAAGACUUAUGCGAGUUCUGCGGUCCUCAGAAGAAGUGCAAGAAUCAGAUCAUUCGCUCGGUCAAGUCAAAAAAGGGCCAAAGACGAUCCAUGUCAAGUUAUAGAAAUAGAUUGACUAACGCAUGUCCAACAAUAGAAAUGGAUUGAUCAAUGUCAUGAAUUGCCUUCGGGGUUCAUGUCUUUUAGGGGCCGAAAUCCGUCUUCGUUGUACGCAGCAGCAUUGAGUUAUAGUUCAUGGAUCCGUUUUGUAAAUGGCCAUCAUUUUAUGACAUUUGUUGGAUCCUUUUUGUACUUAGGGGCGCUUAAGAUUCUUUGCAGCUGGGUCUUUGAUCUGUUGGAUGGAUGUGUAUGAGUGACGUUUAUAGUCAGGAACAUGUGAUUCGGAAUUUAGAGGGCAUUGUCUGCUCCAAAAUAUUCCUCCUGAAAUUCUUGCGGCACUUCUUAACUUGGUAUGCCUUUCCAACUUAGAGCUGUUGUUACCUGAUCUGACUUUUACAUUGUGGAAAUCAAUGAUUACUUCGAUAUCUGUUCUUUCAGAAAA